AUGACACAACUAAUAAAUGAUAUUUUGAAAAGAUUCAAGAAUGACUGCUUGAAAUUUAUUGUUGAACUCUGCAUUCAAAUAAGGAAGAGAUAUCCAUUUGAUGAAGACAGUGUAAUUGCCCAGCUAAAUAUUCUUGAUCCAGCUAUUGCAUCAAACACCUUCCGCCUGCCCGCCUGCCCGCACCAGGCCUGCUUGGCAGACCUUGUGGCCUGCCCGGACCAGGCCUGCUCGGCAGACCUUCCACCCGCCUGCCUGCCUGCAACGGGCCUGCUUGGCAGACCUUGUGGCCCGCCCGCCUGCCUGCACCGGGCCUGCUUGGCAGACCUUCCAGCCCGCCCGCCUACCUGUACCGGGCCUGCUUGGCAGACCUUGUGGCCCGCCCGCAUGCCUGCACCGGGCCUGCUUGACCUUCCGGUCGCCUGGCCCACCCGCCUGCCCGGUGCACGGCCUGCUGGGCAGAGAUUCCUUCCGGCCCCGCCCGCCCUGCCUGCACCAAAGGGCCUGCCUUGGCAGACAUGCGCCCAGCCAACCCGCCCCUGCCCUGCACCGGGCCUGCUUGGCAUUGACCUUGUGGCCCGCCCCGCCCGCCUGCUCCUGCACCAGCCUCCUUGCGCCUUGCGGCCCGCCCGCUUGCUUGGCGCCCGCCUGCCCUUGCAGACCUUGCGGCCCGCCCGCCUUCCUGCACCGGGCCUGCUUGGCAGACCUUGCGGCCUGCCCGCCUGCCCGCACCAGGCCUGCUUGGCAGACCUUGCGGCCCGCCCGCCUUGCCCGCCCACCAGCCAGACCUGCGUUGGCCCGCCCGCCUGCCUGCACCGCCUGCCUUGGCACAUUCCGCUUCCGGCCCGCCCGCCUGCACCAGCCAACCUUGCCGGCACCCCGGGCCCGCCUGCCUUGGCCACCGGGCCCUGCCUUGGCAGGACCCUUGCCCGGCCCUCCCCGCCGGCCUGCACCUGGGCCUGCGUGGCGCUGUCCUUGCGGCCCGCUAGCCAGCCUGCACCGGGCCUGCUUGGCAGACCUAGCGGCCCGCCCGUCUGCCCGCACCGGGCCUGCUUGGCAGACCUUGUGGCCCGCCCGUCUGCCUGCACCGGGCCUGCUUGGCCUGCUCGGCAGACCUUCCGGCCCGCCCGCCUGCCUGCACCGGGCCUGCUUGGCAGACCUUGUGGCCAGCCCGCCUGCCCGUACCAGGCCUGCUCGGCAGACCUUCCGGCCCGCCCGCCUGCCUGCACCGGGCCUGCUUGGCAGACCUUGUGGCCAGCCCGCCUGCCCGUACCAGGCCUGCUCGGCAGACCUUCCGGCCCGCCCGCCUGCCUGCACCGGGCAUGCUUGGCUGACCUUGUGGCCCGCCUGCCUGCCCGCACCAGGCCAGCUCGACCUUGUGGCCCGCCCGCCUGCCCGCAACCAGGCCAGCCCUCGGCAGACCUUCCGGCCCGCCCGCUCCUGCUCACCGGGCAUGCUUGGCAGACCUUUUGGGCCAGGCCCGCCUGCCCGCACCAGGCCAGCUCGGCUGACCUUCCGGCCCGCCCGCCCUCCCUGCACCGGGCAAUGCUUGGCAGACCUUGUGGCCCGCCCGCUCUGCCCGCACCAGCCAGCUCGGCAGACCUUCCGGCCCGCCCGACUGCCUUGCACCGGGCGCAUUGCUUGGCCAGACCUUGUUGGCCCGCCCACCUUCUGCCCGCUAACCAGGCCAGCUCGGCAGACCUUCCGGCCCGCCCCGCCUUGCCUGGCGCCGGGCCCAAUGCUUGGCAGACCUUGUUUGGCCAGCCCGCCUUCCCGCCCCCCUUGCCCGCCACUGCCCGCACCAGUCCAGGUCCAGCCACAAAACCUUCCCGGACCCGCCCGCCUUGCCCUGCACCGGGCAUGGCUUGGGGCAGACCUUGUGGCCCGCCCGCCGCAUGGCCCGCACCGGGCCUGCUUGGCAGACCUUGUGGGACCUGCCCGCACCUGGCCUGCUCGGUCAUAGCCUUCCGGCCCGCCCGCCCUUGCCCGCACCGGGCCUGCUUUGGCAAGAACCUUGUGGCCUGCCCGCACCAGGCCUGUCUGCCAGACCGUUCCAGCCUGCCCGCCUGCCCGCACCAUGCCUUGCUUUGGCAGACCUUGUGGGCCUGCCCGGUGAGGCCUGGCCUGCUCGGCAUACCUUCCACCCGCCCCGCCUGCCAUGCAACGGGCCUGCUUGGCAUACCCUUGUGGCCCCGAGCCCGCCACUCCUAG